AUGCUAAUCUCGCAUCCUUCCAUAAUGUUCCGACAACAUGCGUGGCUAACGAACUUUGAGCAAUUUUGCUGUUUUUUGGCUGGUUUAUUUCCAAAGGUGUUUUACACUUCUUUAUUGACAUGGUCGCUAUAUGUCUUGAUAUUUGUAGCGUCUAACAAAUACAUAUGGACCGACUACGGCCAUCGUUCCUUGGCAAUAGCUAUUGAUAUUGUGGGGAUUGUCACCUAUUUAUUUUCGAUAUACACAUACUACAAGGUGAUACACGUAGGGCCUGGAUCACCUUUGGAUUAUCCAGAAUUGAUUAUAAGAAAUCUAGAACUGCUCAAUAGACCUAGUCAGACAACGUAUCAAUCGGCUAACCCUUUUGACACCACUACAAGCACAAUGUCGGAAGCUGAAUCUCAGAUGUUGAUGAAUGGCACAGAAAGUUCAGAUUGUCCAGAGCCGGAACUGCCCCCAGCACAGUUCUUGGAAAUCCACACUAUAAACUCGCCUUCGCUGUAUAGGUAUUGCAGCAAGUGCUCCGUUUGGAAACCUGAUAGGACACAUCAUUGCUCAGCUACUGGCAAAUGCGUUUUACGUAUGGAUCACUACUGUCCGUGGUUUUCGACUACUGUUGGCUUUUUCAAUCAGAAGUUCUUCAUUCAGUUCUUGGUGUACUUGACAAUUCAUUCAUUUUACUUGUGUAUAGUGUCGUCUGCGAUCUUGUGGAAGUUUUUGGCGUCCAGUGCUUAUGAGGAAGAGUUUAUCUCGAUAAAUGUAGUAGCUCUAUUUGUACUCUCAUUGGCUUUUGGGAUUGCUCUUGCUUGCUUUUCUGGGCUCCAGAUAUAUUUUCUACUCUUGAACAUGACGACCAUAGAGUUCCAAGAUUUCCGAUGGUCCAGUAUGAGGAAGAUCGGAGGAUCAUUUCAGUAUGACUUCGAUUCUACUGGCAAGCAAAAGGCCCUAGGUCAUAUCUACGACUUGGGUUACUAUAAGAAUUUCACCAGUAUUAUGGGGCAUACAUGGAAAGACUGGCUUUUACCAUUAACUGUGACCAGCCAUUCGAUAGAAGACAAAUACAACAACGGAAUCAACUAUGAGAUCAAUGAGGAAGAGUACGAAAGACGGUGUCUGAGUGCACGGUUGCAGGAUCAGUUGAACGAACAGUUGGCAGAGUACAAACGUAGAGCCAGACAGCAACGUGAAGAGGAAGUAUAG